CGACUUACCCAGAAUAUGGAAGGUGACACCGGCCAUGUGGAGAUUAUACAGUCAUCUGACAUAAAUGAGCCGUUUGGGGUUGGAAAUCACCUCAAUCGCAAGUCAAGCCGCAAACCAGACGUCCAUCAAAAAUGUGGAUGUACACCCAAGGUCCUCUGCUUCACAGCAGCUGUUAUCAUCCUCGUCUUCAUCUUCGGCUAUUUGAUUGGCUACCUGGUCCAUCGAAAUAAGGAUUUGGCUCCCACCUGUGCACCCUCUGCUUUCCGUUAUGAAGAUAUUCCCCAUGAGACCGGUGCUGCUCCCCUCAUGGACUGGGAUGAUGUGAAAAAGCUUCUUGCUCAAAAACUGACUACAUCCAGUAUGGACGCUGUCCUUGGUCAGCUGAGCAGUAGCAACCACCGGGCUGGUUCUCCUGGUGAUGAAGAUCUGGGGAACAAGGUGCUCAAGAAGUUUAAGGAGUACGGCAUGAAGACCUGGACUGAUGAGCACUUUGUCAAGGUUCAGGACCCCCCAGCAUCUGGAUACAACAGAAUAGUUUUCAAGAACGGACCAGAGGAACGUCCAACAGGUUUCCUGUCCUACAGCGCCAGUGGAACAGCAAGGGGUGCAGUGCUGUAUGCCCGUUAUGGAGAGGAAAAGGAGCUGAAGCAGUUAAAGGACAUGAACAUCGACAUGAAUGGCAGAGUGAUGCUGGUCAGAGCUGGAAGGAUCAGCUUUGCUGAGAAGGUAGCCAAUGCAGCCAAAGUGAACGCCUCUGCUGUGCUGAUCUACCCAGACCCUGCUGAUUACUCGAUCGGCGAGAGCAGUCCGCUCUUUGGACAUGUGCACAUGGGCUCUGGGGAUCCCUACACCCCAGGCUUCCCUUCCUUCAACCACACCCAGUUUCCACCUGUGCAGUCUUCAGGCCUGCCAAAUAUUUUGGCUCAGACUAUCACAGCAGGCAUGGGAUUGAACAUUCUGAGGCAGCUCGGGGGUAGAGCUCAGCCAGAUGGUUGGGAGAGCAUCAACAGACUUGGAGAUGAGAGCGAUGUUAUUACUGUGGAAGUCAACAAUGUCCUUACUGAGAAAAGGAUAAAUAAUGUCUUUGGGGUCAUCAAAGGCUUUGUGGAUGCAGAUCGAUACGUGGUCAUUGGGGCCCAGAGGGAUGCGUGGGGCCCCGGCUUUGCGGCAUCAACCGUGGGCACCAGCGUCCUCGUUGAGCUGGCGCGUUCCAUCUCUGACAUGGUGGAGAACGAUGGAUUCAAACCGAGGAGGAGCAUCGUGUUUGCGAGCUGGAGCGCGGGAGAGUAUGGGAGUGUUGGCGCCACCGAGUGGUUGGAGGGUUAUUUGUCCUCUCUGAGCAUGAAAGCAUUCACCUACAUCAACCUGGACGGCAUUGUGACAGGUCAGAAUGGGUUUAAAGUAGCAGCCAGCCCGUUGCUGCACAGCCUGGUCCAAAACGCUCUGAAAGAGGUGAACUAUGACAAGGACAAGUCUCUUCUUUCUCAGUUUGGAAAGAACAACUGGGAGUCUACUAUUCUGGAGCCUCUGAGGAUGGACAGUGCUGCGUAUCCUUUCCUCGCCUUCUCCGGCAUUCCCUCAGUCGCUUUCAGAUUCCACUCUGGAAGUUCAGACUACCCGUACUUUGGCACAACCCUGGACACCCAACAAAACCUGAACUCUAUCACAGCCAGCCAGGUUCCUCAGCUGGCUGUGAGAGCGGGCCAGUUUGCAGGUCACAUAGCGCUGAGGCUGGUCCAUGACCACCUGCUGCAGAUGGACCUGAAGAAGUACAACCAGCUCAUACGCAGCCACGUGGUUCAGAUUAAUGCGAGGGUCAAGAAUGUUCAGAGGUUGCAGCCCCAGCUGUUGCCCAAAGCUCUGACAGUGCAGUGGUUGAUCAUGGCCUCUGGCUCCUACAGCCGUGCCUCUAGCGCGCUGGCAGCCGACAUCCAGAACAGCGACCUGGAGGACAUCGAGAUGUGCCGCGUGAUCAAUGACCGCAUCAUGACGGUGGAAAGGAACUUCCUGUCACCCUACGUUUCUCCCAGAGACAGCCCCUUCCGUCACAUCCUGCUGGGCUCCGGUCCCCACACCCUCAAAGCUCUGACCAGCCACCUCGACUCUUUGAAGACUGCCAACCCCGACGCCAACGCCGAGCUGUUCCGCAACCAGUUUGCCCGGGCGACCUGGACCAUUCAGACCUGUGCCAACUCCCUAGCAGGGGACAUCUGGUCUCUGGAUAAUGAAAUCUAGAAAUCCUUUGCCCUCCCAUGUCCAUGGUUUGGCCCUCUUAUUACAACUGGCAGUGCUGUUGUGAUUAAUCACCACAUUUUCAGCGGAUAUCUACAAAGUCAUCAUAUCGUUUCCACGAUGUUCAUUUGUGAAAAGCGCAGCAUGAUGACAAUAAGCCAAUGACUUUGUAUAGUUUACCAUGAGGCAAACUGCUGGGUUUUUUUUCUACUACUGCUGCUGCGGCCUGGUUUUUAAACCUGGGCUGUUUUUUUAUCACUAGCUAAAAUAUCUCAUACUGUGCUAGAUAUAGAAAUUUCAAAUUGAUUUGUACAGAAGCACCAGUGCAUAAAGAUUUGGAAUAAUCAGCUGCAUUUAAAAACAAAAGGUAAAGCCUUGAUUAUAUGCAAGAAUUUAAUAAAGUGAUUUGAAUCAAAUAUGAAACACA